UGUUUCAACUGCAACAUAAUGUUGCAGGUUUGCGUGGAGUCUAUAUUUUCUGUUAGUCAUGAUGUGAAGCAGUGCAUUUCUCUUGCUUCCAAUUCCAUUGGUUUGGAAAAUAUUCCCAGCUAUCAAGUGGUGGUGCACAACCAAUCUGAUUGGAUUAGAGCAGUUCAGGACUCUUUUCAACCAGUGAAAGUUAUGGAGGGACUUUGGAUUGUACCUGAGUGGGUAUCUGUUCCGGAUCCUCGAGCAACGAAUAUUAUUCUAAAUCCUGGUUUGGCAUUUGGGACUGGAGAACACAGUACUACUAAAUUGUGUCUCUUCUUGCUGCAUGAUAUAAUAAAAGGAGGAGAGACCUUCUUGGAUUUUGGAACAGGCUCAGGUAUCCUUGCUAUUGCUGCAAUCAAGUUUGGCGCUGCACUUUCAGUGGGUUUUGACACAGAUGCCGAAGCAAUUACUGCAGCUCAACAUAAUGCUUCUCUGAACGGUAUUAGACCUACGAAAUUCCUGCUCAAACUUGUUCCUGAAUCUAACAGCCUGCAAAUUGGUACUAGAUUGAGCGCAGAAAUUAGCACGCGGGAUAAGAAAAAUAUAGAUGUGUUCUAUGAGAAAGAGAAAUAUGAUGUGGUUAUUGCAAAUAUACUGUCAAAUCCUCUUAUCGAGUUAGCAAACCAAAUUGUCUCCUAUGCUAAGCGUGGAGCAGUUGUAGGAUUAUCUGGGAUCCUUUCAGAGCAGAUCCCAUGCAUCCUGGAAUGUUAUUCAGAAUUACUUGAAGACAUGAAGGUCUCCAGUAUGGAUGACUGGGCAUGCAUACAUGGAUUCAAGAAAUAAAACAGCUGAAGUCUUUGGUCUGCGACUAAUUUAUUAGGCACGAUGUAUUUGGAGUGAAAGACCCUUAUAGUCUCACACGGACUAAGAAAAUAUGUUUGGUAGAUAAUACUUGCAUGCUACCUUCAGCCCUAAAUUUAGGUGAAACCGCUG